GCAAUACCAGCGCUUUUUGCGAGUACUUGAAAAGUGGCCAGCGGAGAAAUCGAAAGUCGGCAGGGAUCUCGGCGAGCAGAUCCGCAAACAGGUGACUAAGCUCACCAGUCUUGAGAGCGGAGCAACUGAAAAGGAGCUGGAACGCCAGAUUACUGCCCUCGAAAGGCUGUCCAACAACGUGUACGCCAAGAAAUAUCCCCGCAUCCACGAAUCGACAGCAACUGGCUUGACGGCAGCCCAGUGCAGUCAGGUAUUGAGCUCAGAGUUCCUGCAGUAUAUCAACGAGGGAGCUGGCUCCAAAAGGAAGUAACCAAGAUGAUGAAGCGACUCUUAAUACCCACUAGACUGAGACUGGAAUGGUUAAGACAAAACUCUGUUGCUGCAGAGGCGGCUGUAAGUCCUCCCCAUGUACCUGUUUUAUGCGACACCGCCAUCGAAUAUCUGGAACCCGUUCCCGGAGGCACAUACUUUGACAUGACCUUUGGAGCUGGUGGACAUACACGACGACUCUUAGAGAAGUGUCCAGAGGCGAAAAUCUUUGCCCUUGAUCGGGAUCCUGUGGCACAUAAAUUAGCCAAAGAGAUGAGCGAGUCAAAGGAGUACAAGGGAAGAGUGAUUCCCCUUCUGGGAAAAUUCUCCGACAUACCAAAGCUAUUCCAAGAACAUGGCUUGGCCAAACACUCGGUGGAUGGGAUACUCUUCGAUUUCGGCUGCAGUUCCAUGCAGUUUGACGAGGCAGAGCGUGGAUUCGCCAUCUCCAAGGACGGUCCGUUGGAUAUGCGCAUGGAUGGAGGGCUAAGCGAAGGAGUAACUGCUGCCGAUGUGCUGGCACAUGUGGAGGAGGGAGAUCUUGCCAAGAUCCUGCGUUACUACGGUGAGGAGAAGGCGGCUAAGAAGAUAGCCAGGGGAUUGAUAGACGCACGCAAGUCGCUGGUAAAGAUUCAGACUACGUGGCAGCUAGCGGAUAUAGUAGAGGAUAUUCUGGGCAGUGGACCCCGAAGAGAUAAGCUUCAAAGGCCAUCUCAUUCGGCCACCAAAACGUUCCAAGCCCUCCGCAUUUUUGUGAAUAAUGAGCUUAAUGAAAUCAACUAUGGCAUGGUGUUGGCCAACGAAAUACUCCGUUCGGAAGGUCGUUUGGUUACCAUUACUUUUCACUCUCUGGAGGACACCAUUGUUAAGCGUCACAUCAACGGAAAUGUCCAAGCUGGAGCCGCCAAUGCCCUGCCUCUCAAAUAUUCGAGUCACUUUGCCAUAGACGAUCCAGAGGUGUUGGAAAGCCUUACCCAGUCCAAUUGGAUGCAGCUCCAUCGCCAUGUCAUUGUGCCAGAUGCCGAAGAGGUGGCCAAGAAUACGCGCAGCCGUUCCGCCAAGCUGAGAGCAGCCGUCAAAAUAAACUAAUAGCAAUUUCAAUAAAUUUCGCCGGUCUAGUGUUCCCUCUCUAA